AUUUUUUUUUUUUUGAAGGAAAAAUUGAUAACCUUAUUCACAUUAGUUUUGGGAUUCGCUACGUUGACUAAAUUUUAUGUUGUGCAUCGAAUUUUGCACGAAAAAAAUCCAAGAUUGAAAACGCAAGCGGUUAUGGCUGUGAAUCUGACACAAGGUGCGAUAGUAAAGAUGUGUUUCACAUCGGAAGAAUUGCACCCGGUGUUACAAUUCAUCGAUUUGAAGCCUGUUCAGUCGCAGCAGAAUAGUGCUAUCGAGAUAUACCAACUCUUUCUCUCCGAUGGUUUGCAUUAUGAACAUGGAAUGCUUGCUAAACAGAAGAAUGAGUUGGUUCAUAAUGGAAGGUUGCAGAAAGGUUCCAUUGUUAAGCUUACUCAGUUCAUCUAUAAACAUGUUCGGACUCGCAAACUUCUCAUUGUAGUUGAUUUGGAAGUUAUAAUGGACAAAUGUGACUUGAUUGGAAAACCUGACCCGGCACCAAAAGAAGCACCUGCACUAUCUGCUGCGAGUCAUGCAGGAAAUGUACAAUCAGCUGCUGGUCAAUUAGAAAGCACUGCUGAAAAAGCGGUUAUGGCUGUGAAUCUGACACAAGGUGCGAUAAUGAAGAUGUGUUUCACAUCGGAGGAAAUCCAACCGGUUUUACAAGUUAUCGAUUUGAAGCUUUUGCAGUCGCAGCAAAAUAGCACUACUAAAAUGUACCAACUCGUUCUCUCCGAUGGUUCACAUUAUAAACAAGGAACACUCUCUGUUCAGAAAAAUAAGUUGAUUCAUUCUGGAAGGUUGCAGAAAGGUUCCAUUGUUAAGCUCAAUGAGAUCAUCUGUAACGAUGUUAAUCAGAAUCUCAAAAUUAUCUUCUUUGUUGAGCUGGAUGUUAUACUUGACAAAUGGGACUUGAUUGGAAAACCUGUCCCGGCUCCAGAAGAAGCACUUGCAAAAUCUGCUGCAUAUGUACAAUUGCUUAAUGCAUCUUUGAUUGGAAAACCUGUCACUGCACGAAAAGAAGCAACAGAACCAAAAUUUGCAACUAAGGAAGAUAUUGAGAAGCAAGCUGAGAAGAUAGACCAGUUCAUUGAGAUCUCUAACAAGCGGCAUGAAGACGUGUUAGCAAGUCAAGCUCAUAUUCGGAACACCCUUGCCCAGAUCUUAGCCAGACUUACCUAAACCUUAGAUAUUUUUUAGGCUUUUGCUUAAAUUUUGUUUAAACUUCUGUUCGAUGCACUUUUAAGUGUUGUUAUAUUUGCUCUUUUAUAACACAAGUUUUUCACCUACAUCAUCGUUGUUUAUAUAUUUAUUUUGGUUAUGAUGUGUUUUCAUUCUA